AUGGCGGCGGACAGCAAAUACGAGGAGGCCCUUCUGGCCGUCCUAGCCAGCGGGAGCAAAGCCGAGGCUCCCAUAAAGGCACUCAUUCAGCAACUGGCCAGCGUGGAAGGUAAAGAGGCGGCCAUUGACGCGCCCAUUGAGGAUGUUUUUGGUGUUGGAGUAUCAGCCCUGGACGUCUUCCUGCAAGCGAACGUCACGGGUCCCGUCCUCCCCGAAGCCUCGGUGAGGAGCGUCGAGAAACGAUUCCUGGCGGCGUGGACGGCAGAGAAGCAGGGCGCAACGCUAGACGACUUGCGCAAGGCUUGUCUCAGGGAGCUGGAGGUUGACGGCGUGUCUCCCUACGCUUAUAUCCCCCACCUCGAGCUGUUCACCCUCGCAAAGUACAUAUUCACCAAGAUCCUGAAGAAUUCCACCCAGGAUCUGGAGUUGCCUUCCCCUCGUGGCGGUACUCAGAAAUAUAGCACCACCUGGAUGCGCCUCCGGGUGAACACCUGGCACUACAAGCUCCUCACACAGCCCAGCCUGGGCCCAGGCUCGAACUUUACGAGAAGUUCUCAGUGGAGUGAGGUGCCUACCUUGGCGGGAGCUAUCACCAAUGGCAUUGAGGCUGUGGGCAAGCAGCUUCUCAGCGAGGAUGUGUGGGCGACCGAGAGCGAGGGGUGGGCGAAGGAGGACAAGGUCAUGUUCCUUGUCGAGGCUGCCAACAACUAUAUCCUUCUUGGGCGCAAUGACCUGGCAAGAGAAACACUGGACAAGGCUUCGAAAGAAAGCGGCGUUCUCUACGAGCUGUCAGGAGCUCUUGGAAAGAGGACGAAAUUCCAGGAGAAGAAUAUCAGCCAGCUUGUCGUGCUCGCUAAGAGCGCUACAACGACCGGCGGAGAAAAGGAGGGCGGCUCGGUAAAGCCGGAGGAUUUGAAACUCAACGAUGAUACCCUGUUGGAAGAGAUCAAGUUUUCAAAGGAGGAGAAUGGACAUGAGGCAGAAGAGAAGAAACUUCCCUCGGCAUUGGCAGAUCUCUCCCCCGAUGAUCAACCACAGCUGUCGCCUCUUGACCAGAUCAUUCUGCUUACUGAGGCUACAUUGAAGGAUGCCUUCUCCCCGGUCGACACCCUGACAUCAGAGGAGAUUCUCCCCUACGCAGUCCGAGUGCUAGCCGACAAGUCAACCAACUGGCAGAUAUACACUCAAGCCCUGCUUGUGCGUUCGCGAAUCGAGGUCCAUCGCAGCAGGACGGUUGAGCGCGGUGUUCUACAGCUGCAGGCCGUGGCCGACCAGGUAUUGACUGACACUACAGCGUCUUCCUCCACCUCAUCGGAGGAGGCAGCUGAAUCGGGGGAUGCCCCCGACGUUCCAGCCAUCCAAGUAGACAACGUGGAUGAGCCAACUCCCUCCACCACAAUCUCGAAACCAACAUCUUUCCUUCCAGCCCCCAAACCCUCCGAAUCCGCACCAGCACAUAUCCGUCUCCAGUAUAUUCACACCCUUUCUACACCUCCACGCUGGCAUCUCGAAUCCGAGCUUGCCUACGCAUGGGCUGGUAUCGGCUCUCUUGCUUCCGCCCUUGAGAUCUUCAAGCGCCUCCGUUUAUGGGCCGAAGUUGCCCUCUGCCUUGCCAGCAGUGCGGCCGCAGCCGAACAGGAUGAGGAUGGCCGAGGAAGCGGUGGUGAGGAGAAAGCCAAGGGCAUCAUCCGCUGGCGUCUAUUCCACCGCACCGGAGAGACAGCCCAGACCGCGCCCUCCGAUGCCGACGAGGAGAAGAACAUUGGUGAUCCAGUCUACCUGAAAGGCGCCGACUUCUCCGGGCCAGAGAGAAGCCCACCCCCACCUAACGCCCCGCGUCUCUGGUGUAUCCUUGGAGACCUCGAGAGCGACGCAUCACACUACGAGCGGGCGUGGGAGAUCUCUAAGCAUCGCUACGCCCGGGCUCAAAAGUCCCUCGGCGAACACUACAUCCAGAAGAGGGAAUGGGAGAACGCCCGCGAAGCAUACAAGAAGGCCACCUCCGUGAACCGUCUCAGCUCCGACAUGUGGAGUCGACUGGGCGACAUCAGCCUCCGGCUCGCCAACUUCGAAGACGCCGCCGAGGCCUUCAACAGAUCCAUCAGCAGCGCCACCGACCUCGGCGGAGGCGAGGGUGCCCGAACCUGGAGCAACCUGGGAAGCGCCCUCUGGAGCCUCUACUGCGAAGUCAUCGCCGAGACCAAAGACUCCAAGCCCGAAGAGACGGAAACAGCAGAGCAGAAGCAGCCAGCCAACGAAGAGGAAGACGACGACCUCCCCGCCGCCACCUCCACGACCCCAGACGAGAAGACCGUCUCCCGCGACCCCAAGAAACUCCUCGCCCAGGCCUUCGCAGCCUACAAGAAGGGCGCCUCCGUCGCCCACGACAACUGGCGCAUCUGGGACAACGUCCUCACCCUCUCCUCCCGCAUCCGCCCUCCCCCCGUCCCGGACAUGGUCCUCGCCCUCCGCAACAUCCUCCGCAUCCGCAAGACCGAGGACGCCGUCGAUGCCGACCUCCUCUCCGCCCUCCUCCAGGACGUCGUCCUCUCCAAGGACAGGGACCCUGCCGCCAACCUCAUCGACGGCAUCUACGAGCCCCCGCGCGGCUCCCCCGAGCGCCUCGUCACCCGCCUCCUGGAGGAGGACGUCCUCCCAAUCAUCACCCACCGCUCCGAGCUGUGGAGCCUCCUCGCCCGCCUCCGCGCCUGGCGCAAGGACUACGCGGGCGCCAUCGACGCCUCGGAGCGCGCCUGGCGAGCGGCCAUGGGGUCGUCAUCCUCCACGGCCGGCCUGUCGGCGUCGGCGGGCGUGGACUGGACGACGGACAAGUCGGCCUGGGAGACGGUGGUCGCGCGCACCGACGAGCUGGCCUCGAUGCUGGAGAACUGGGGGCCGGACGUCCCCGCCAUCGGGGCAAAGUGGAAGGGCAAGGUCCGGAGCGCGGUGAGGAGCACCAUGGGCAAGGGCAAGGAGCACUGGGAGGACAGCGAGGGCUGGAGGACCCUGCAGAACAUCAUGGACGGGUUGAAGGCAGAGCGGUAG